CCAGAAAACACCAACCAACCAUGUACAAGCUCGCCGUCUUCGCCGCCGUGCUGGCCGUGGCCCGCGCUGGCUUCCUGGCCGCCCCCGCCAUCUCGUACGCCGCCCCCGCGGCCGUCGCCCCCGCGGCCAUCACCUCCCAGAGCUCCAACAUCCUGAGGAGCUUCGGCAACCUGGGACAGGUGUCCACCUACACCAAGACCGUCGACACGCCCUACUCCAGCGUCACGAAGUCUGACGUCCGCGUCAGCAACGACGCCGUCGCCCACGUUGCCGCCCCCGCCGUGGCCUACGCCGCCCCGGCCUACGCGCGCGCCUACGCCUCCCCCGCUGCCUACGCCGCCCCCGCCGUUGCCGCCCACGGUCUGCUGGGAGUGGCCUACUCCGCCGCCCCCGCCGUCGCUCACCUGACCUACAGCACCCCGGCUCUGUCCUACGCCUGGUAG